AUGCUGCAGUCAAUAGGUGGUCCAGCAGGAGAGAAGGCAUCACACUUCAGUGGGGAGGCGGAUGAAGAAGGCAAUGUCCUGGAGAAGGGAGAGGCAUUGGGGUUAGGGGAAGGGCAACUCUCCUGUAAUGAGGAUUUAUACCCCACCUACCCCGACUACCCCACAUCCAAGUUCAGGGUCAGCAGCCGAGAGGAGUUACCCCACGUCCGAGAUAAGGCAUGGCAGCUGCACUUUCUUGGUGUGGCCAUGAAGAGAUCCCACACAUCCAAGAUCAUUGGCCAGGACCUGUGGAUCAAUCCCCUGCAGUACUACCCCCGGGAAGAAGUUGCUGGCAUGAGAGGAUAUUGGACCUGUAUUGCUUCUCCAGUCCACAGGUUCUGUAAUGAUAUUUGGGGAGUUCCCAGCCUCAGGCUGGACACCAGCAGCAUGAAAUGUCUCAACUGGUUGUUGAACCACAACUGUGAAGGAUAG